AAUUGAUAAACAUUUUAUUCAAAUCAAAUCGAAAAAUAAAUAUAUAUAUAAGUAACACUCGAUGUUUACGACUUAAUUCAGAUCUUGAUUUCAAAAUAAAGAGACUGCAAUUGUGUGAUAACGAGCUUCGCAAAUAAAAAGUAUAAAAGCUCAAAUUGAAAUAAAUUUCAAAGAUUCGAAUUCGUUUUUUAGCUCGAAAAGUGCGAUUCUGUUUACAAAUCUGCGUGUUUGAGUUUCCGAUUAGUCUACAAAAACAAUAAUAUACAAAAGGAAGGAAUAGACAAAAUGGCUGCUUGUAAUUUGAGAUACACAAUGUUGGCAGUAAUUUUAUGUAUUAUGAGUGCAACUUUAAUUUAUGCCCAAGCUGACGGAGAAAGCCAUAAUUACCUGGAUGUACAAACACCGAAUACUUUUCAAUACAAUUCACCACUGCAUCAACCGGACAGUUUACGUUCACGUCCCUACUUCGACUUCUUGAGUACUCUAUAUCGUCAUGAUCCUACUAAGACUUCGCUAUUUAGUCCUUAUGCAGUACGCACACGUCGCAGUGCGGCGGAUCCUAAACAUGUUGCUCUCCUCAAAGAGUUCGCUGAGAAUAAUAAACGUAGUAAGAGAGCCAUAGUGUUCAGACCACUGUUUGUCUACAAACAGCAGGAGAUCAAGAAACAGGAAUAUGCCAAGCGCAAGAGACGUUAUUAAGUACUUAAAUAAUUUUUCUCAAGUUCGGCAAUCUUCUCAUAUGACUUUUCCUUUGCAUUUCAUACAGAAUUGCAAUUUUAAUCUCAAUUAUAUUUUUUUUAUUUUUAAUUUUUAUUAUAAUUAUUGUUUUUCUCUUUGCUUUAUCUUUGUUAUAUAUAAUUUUUAAUUAUAUCAUCACAUUUGAAUGAAAUUCACUAUAGCACAUAACUUGAUCUAAUUUAAAAAUCUAGGCUAGGAAAUUGUUGUACUUUUUUUACAAAUUAUAAAUGGACAUUUUAGUUAAGUAUAUAUCAUUGUAUAAUAUAUAUUUUAUAUAUGUGUGUAAAAAGAUUUGCUAAUUUAAGUUAAAAUAUUAAAUAAAUAAAAUGAAUUUU